AUGAACGAUCUAAUUCCAAUAGUCAACAAACUACAAGAUGUAUUUAACACAAUUGGCAGUGAUACAGUAGAUCUACCUCAAAUAAUUGUCGUUGGUUCACAGUCUUCCGGUAAAUCUUCGGUCUUGGAAAAUAUAGUUCAACGGGAUUUCUUACCUCGUGGCAACGGUAUCGUCACUCGUCGUCCACUCGUACUUCAACUUGUUAACGUUCACGAUUCUGAGGACGAAAAGGCCGAGGAGUUCGGUGAAUUCUUACAUGCUGCGAACAGAAAAUUUGUGGAUUUUUCCGAAAUCCGAAGAGAAAUUGAGAACGAAACUGCGAGGGUCGCAGGACAGAAUAAAGGAAUAUCAAGAUCUCCAAUUCACUUGAAAAUAUACUCGCCGAAUGUCCUAAAUUUAACAUUGGUGGAUUUGCCUGGACUAACAAAGAUUCCAGUCGGUGAUCAGCCGACUGAUAUUGAGAAACAAACUCGAAGUUUAAUUCUCGACUACAUAACGAAACCUAACAGUAUAAUUUUAGCUGUUAGUCCUGCCAACGUCGACUUGGUGAAUUCGGAGAGUUUGAAACUUGCAAAACAAGUUGAUCCCGAGGGCAAGAGAACCAUCGGAGUAUUGACCAAAUUAGAUCUAAUGGAUGCCGGGACCAACGCAUUGGAAAUUCUCACGGGUCGUGUUUUGCCUUUAAAACUGGGAUUUAUUGGUGUUGUCAAUCGCAGUCAACAAGAUAUCGUCGGAAACAAACCCAUGUCUGAAGCGUUGAAGGCUGAAACCGAUUUCUUUAGACAUCACCUGGCAUAUCGAAGUAUCGCGUCAAGGUGUGGAACUCCUUUUUUGGCGAAAACUCUUAACAAUAUCCUCAUGAAUCACAUAAGGGAGAGACUGCCUGAUAUGAAGGCUAGAAUCAACUCUCUCAUAAGUCAAACGCAACAGGAACUUUUGUCCUAUGGAGAUCCAACACUCGACGGAAAAUCCAGUAGGGGUGCACUGAUAUUAAGGCUCCUUACCAAAUUUUCGAAUGAUUUCAUCUCGUCGAUCGAUGGUACAAUGAUAGACAUAUCGACAAAAGAACUAUGUGGUGGUGCUCGAAUAUACUAUAUAUUCAAUAAUGUAUAUGGUGCUGCGUUAGAGUCCAUUAGUCCGUGCAGUAAUCUUUCCGUACAAGAUAUUCGAACGGCUAUUCGUAAUUCGACUGGUCCACGACCAUCAUUAUUUGUACCAGAAAUUGCCUUCGAUUUGUUAGUAAAACCUCAGAUUCGGUUAUUAGAGUCUCCGAGUCUGAGGUGCGUUGAACUCGUGUAUGAAGAGCUGAUGAAAAUCUGUCAUAAUUGUGGAAGUCAGGAACUUGGCCGUUAUCCACGUCUGCACGCGAAACUUUUGGAAGUUGUUUCGGAUUUACUUCGCGAACGUCUUACUCCUACCUCAACUUACGUGGAGAGUUUAAUUAGCAUUCAACGUGCCUAUAUCAAUACGAAUCAUCCAGAUUUUAUUGGUGGUGGGGGUGCGAUCUCUGAUCUCGUAAAGAAAAAUGAGAAGAAGAGAAAAGAGUACGAGAAACUUAAAAAGACAAACGUAAAUGCUGGGAACAGCCUGCAUCAUGCGAAUGGUUCGUUAACUGAUGGUCAGGAUCAUCCUUUAUCUUCUGAGUCGCUUAAAGAAUCUAGUGGUUCUAGAGAUUUAAGCAUUCCGAACGGAGGAAAUAAUUCACGCGAUUCCUUUUUGACGUAUUUCUUUGGAAGCGGUAGCAAAGCUGACAGGAUUGUCCUACCUGAUCAACCAGCACCCACCAGAAAUGGAUCAUUCUCCAAGUCGGCGAUAGAUAUUGGCGAGUUGGAGAGAAAAUUAGACAAUGGUGCGAUCAUCGAUGAAGCAGUUCACUUGACUGAACGAGAAGAGAUGGAGACUCAAUUAAUACGGUCCCUGAUCACAUCAUACUUCAAUAUCAUACGCAAAUCAAUUCAAGAUCUUGUGCCGAAAGCUGUAAUGCAUCUUUUAGUCAAUCAUUCCCGCGAGUCGGUACAAAAUCGAUUAGUUGAAGAGUUAUACAAGGAGGAGCUUUUCACCGAAUUAUUACAGGAGGAUGAGAAUCUGGCGAGCGAAAGACAAAAAUGCAAAACGAUGCUUGAAGUCUACAGGAAGGCUUUUGAGAUCAUGAACGAAGCUAUGUGA